AUGGAUGAGCGACGGAUGGUCACGUCCGCCAUUGUAGCUGAAGAAGAAACAAGGACACAUGUGAUCAAGAUAGAUAGGUACUCAACAAUCAAGGAGUUGCUCAAGGUUGGCAAGUAUACAACAUCUAUCCCUUUCAUUGCCGGAGAUCAUAACUGGGUUGUGAGGUAUUUCCCAAACGGUAACACAUACGCAGAUAAUUACGCACCUGGGCACGUAUCUGUUUAUCUGGUUCUUGAUUCGGCUGGUGCCACAGAUGUGAAGGCAAAAUUCACCUUCAGUGUUCUUGACAAGGGUGGAGAACCAGUGCCUUCAUACAUCAAAACUGUGACACCACAUAUCUUCCCAAGCAAAGGUUCGGAUUGGGGUUUUGCUAAUUUUAUCAAGCAGAAGGAUUUGAAGGGAUCAGUUCAUCUAAACAGUCUCAGAAUCAGGUGCGAUGUCACUAUUGUGAAGAUCCGCAGCGAAGAGACGCAUACAAAUCAGUUUGUUGUGGUUCCUCCAAGCAACUUGCAUCGCCAGCUUGGCGACCUCCUGAAAAGCAAGGAUGGAGCAGACGUGGCCUUUCGAGUCGGCGGCGAGAUAUUCUCGGCUCAUAGGUCCGUGCUCGCUGCUCGUUCACCGGUCUUCAAGGCGGAGCUCUUUGGCACCAUGAGGGAGAGAGCUGGCGAUCCGAUAGAAAUUCAUGAUAUUGAAGCUGAUGUGUUCAAGUCCUUGCUCCAUUUCAUCUACACGGACUCACUCCCUGAGAGCACUCAUCAAGGUGCAACACAGGAAGAUGUAGUGACAGCUAGCCAUCUGCUUGUAGCGGCGGACAGGUACGACAUCGAGAGGCUGAAGCUGACAUGCGAGGAUAAAUUGUGCAAUCAUAUUGACCUCAACAUGGUUGCGACUAGUUUGGCUCUUGCCGAGCAGCAUAACUGCCAUGGACUCAAGGAGGCUUGCUUUGGGUUCCUUGCUUCUCCUUCAAAUUUGGAGGCAAUGAUCGGAAGUGAUGGUUACCAACAUCUCAAAAGCAGUUGCCCGUCUACUCUCAAAGAGCUCAUUGCUAGACUCUUGCCUGCUGAACUGAUGGCAGCCAAGGAUAUUGUCAGGUCAAUUUGA